AUAUACUAACUAAAUUUAUAAAUAUUUAUAAUAAAAUAGUCUAUGAUGUUUAGAAGCACUCAAUGUCUUGUUGUGUAAGGGUAUCGAACAAUAGUUUAAUGCAUAAAAGUACUGAAUAGUUCUUUGAAUACUUACAUUUUUAAAUUUUCCUAUUUCUUUUGGCUUUUAAUUUAACUAUCACAAAUGUUUUGUAUAAAAUAAUAAAAUUUAAGUGAUCGUUUUUCAUUAUCUAUUGAUUUAUGAAGACACGAUACACUCAUGAAUGUGCCGUUUUUGUUUUAUAUAAGUGUAACAUAUCAAAUUAUCGUUCAACAGUUCCAAUGUUGUGUAUAGUUAUACUUUUUAUAUAAUAGUUAAUUCAAAUAUUAUCGAUUUUAAAGAGUCUCGAAGUUUAUUUAUCAAUUUAUACCAUUUGAAAAUAAUCAAAUUGCAUAUUAUAAAACAAUGCCAAAAUCAAUUAAAAGUCGAGUGGAUCGAGAUGAAUUUGAAGGGACACACAAAUCUACAUUAGAAAAACCAAAUUUAAAUGGAGAUCGGUUAAAUUUUUACCUGUUAAUAAUACUGUAUAUAAUACAAGGUAUUCCUGUAGGUUUGUCUGGUGCCCUUCCAAUAAUUUUACAGAGUAGAAAAAUGGUGACGUAUGAAGAUCAAGCUGCAUUUAGUAUUUCAUUGUGGCCUUACAGUUUGAAACUUUUAUGGGCUCCAAUAGUAGAUGCACUUUAUGUGAAAACCAUAGGCAGACGUAAAUGUUGGUUAGUGCCUCUUCAAUUUUUGUUAGGGAUAUUGAUACUCUACAUGGCCAAUAACAUUGAAGAUUGGUUACCCGAGUCAGGAAAACCAAACCUGAAAAUCUUAAUAAUCAUGUUUUUUGUCGUUAAUAUUUUAUCAGCUACUCAAGAUAUUGUCGUCGAUGGUUGGGCAUUGACUAUGUUGAAGAAGAAGAACGUAGGUUAUGCAUCGACGUGCAAUUCAGUUGGAGUACCGUUUGGAAUGUUCUUAGGAUCAGUUUGUUUCACUCUGCUUGUGUCAGAGCAAUUCAAUGUUACUCAUUUCCGAGCUGCGCCUGGUGCGGGAGGACUAAUUAGUAUGAAAAGUUAUUUAUACAUUUAUGGCUUCGCGAUUUUGGUGAUCACAUCUAUAGUUGGCAUAUUCAAAAAAGAAAAGGACAGCAGUCUAGAAGACGGAUGUAUAAAUAUCAAUGUAUUUCAGAAUUAUAAAUUGCUAUGGGAUAUCUUGAAGCUACCUCGAAUUAGAGUAUUGGCUAUAGCUUUAAUGACAACUAGGAUUGGAUUCACUGCAACGGAUAGUGUCUCAAAUUUAAAGCUUAUCGAUGCUGGUGUAUCUAAAGAUAACAUCAUGAUUGUAACCUCAGCUUUAUAUAUUAUAAAAUUGAUUAUGCCUAUAUUUGUAUCCAAGUUUGUAACAGGCCCGAAACCGAUGAGUUAUUUCCUCAAAGUAACACCUUUCAGGUUACUUUGGUGUACUACUUAUGUUAUAUUGGUUUAUUUUACACCGAGUUUGAUACGAAAAGAUGGCCUUGUCGCUGUGCCAACAUAUUAUUAUUUUAUAAUGGCAUCAGUAUUAAUAACAAACGAUAUGCUGAAUUUCUUCAUGUUAUUAACAUUGUUUGCUUUCUUUUGCCGAUUGAGUGACCCUCGUUUUGGAGGCACAUACAUGACGUUAUUCAAUACAUUUUUCUACUUAGGAUUCUUAUUAUCCAAUACUGUGGUUUUAAAACUGGUGGAUUUUUCAACUUUCAGAAAGUGUUCGACUAAUGACCAAAACAGUUGUUCAACUCCAGAUUUAAAAAAUUUAUGCAGUGCAAAUGGAGGAAGUUGUGUCAUAUCUAUGGAUGGAUAUUAUAUAGUGGUUUUCAUAAGUUUGAUCAUUGGAUUUAUUUGGUACUUUGUUUUUAGAAAUAUAAUCAAGAAAUAUCAAUCAUUGAGCAUUUCUCAUUGGAUGAUAAAUAUCAAACGACCUGUAGCCCAAACAGCAACCGAAUCAUGCCUUAUGCCCGCAUGAUUGCUAUUAUUACUAUUAGAACUACUAAAUAUAAUAUCAUAAUGUAUACAUUUACUUUGUAAAAAAUGUAACUUAGUGGCCUUAAUACGUUUUUAAUAAUCACAGCUCACACAGUUUUUGGAACAUUUUUUGUUCCGUUUUAAAAAAAAAUCAUCAACAAAAAAUUAAUUGCGUGUAAAUAGUAAUUUAAGUAUCUAAUCAUCAAUUAUGAAAUAUGCUUCAUUUUAUUGUUUUUGUUUUUAUACUUGUAAUAUGUUUAAUAAAUGUAAACAACUAUUGCUCA